CACAGUCUCACCUUCCAAAGUCGUAGAACUGUACAAUAAUACGACGGUGAGUUUUUGAUUUCCCCGAUGGGAUGCCCAACGAUGCAAUCAAUAUUUGUUGCAAAGCCACCGCCUCUUCGGCACGCGACUUCCGAGUGUGACGUGCCGACUUCCAUUGGAUUGGAUUUGGUGAAGAAAUACAACAAACACCCUCUGGUCGGCAAGAACCCAUGCCGAGUCACUUUUCAUAACUGUCUCCCUCUUCGGACUUUAGGACUUUAGACACAAUCCCCUCCGAACUUGAUAUCUAAUAAGUACAAGAGGCAUUGCCACUGAUUAUAAUUUCCUUAUCUGCUACUCGUAUUCUUUUCUCCCCCAUAAUUGUUUGCUGCAAGUCAUAUCGUCAUGGAGGACGAUAACGCGACCACAUUGCAGCCUAUCCGUACUGGACGCUCAGCUCGACAAUAUCUAUCACGAACGCAGUCGAACAAAUCGAACAGGUCUACUAAAUCACGAUCACGGUCUGGAUCACGACCAAGUCGACCGAGCAGUCCUCUGCAGCGACUCACCUCGGCAAACUUUAUCGAUGACCAUGGUAUCUACCACCAUCACGCCGACUCAGACUACGAAGAAGAAAUCGAAGAGCGAGAAUCAGAGCAUGGUGGCAGUGAUGACUUGUCACCACAGUCAAGCUCAGACCUUGAGAAGGAGAAGGAGAAGCAAGAGCCGGAUGAGAUACCAAUGGAGCCAUUCGGUGCAGAAACCGCACGCGACCUAGAAGCACAGUCGGAGAAGGAGGACCCUCCUGCAUUAUCGAGGAAGUCCACAUCGAAAUCAGUCAAGGAUCCGAAUCUGGUAGGCUGGGAUGGACCAGAUGAUCCAGAGAAUCCCAAGAACUGGGGCAAGGGCAGGAAGUGGGCGGCGACUCUAGUCGUGUCGUCCUUUACCUUCAUAUCUCCCGUCUCUUCCUCGAUGGUCGCACCCGCCAUCGGAGUCAUCUCUAGCGACUUCAAUAUCACCAGCACUGCCGAACAACAACUGGUCCUGUCCAUCUUCGUCCUGGCCUAUGCGAUCGGUCCACUGUUCUUGGGGCCUAUGUCUGAGCUCUACGGUCGUGUUAGAGUUCUCCAAAUCGCCAACGCCUUCUACUUUGUCUGGAAUCUGGCUUGUGGUUUCGCGCAAAAUAAGUCUGAAAUGAUGGCUUUCCGCUUCCUCGCUGGACUGGGCGGAAGUGCUCCUCUUGCUAUUGGUGGUGGUAUGCUUAGCGACUGCUGGAGGCCAGAGGAGAGAGGCAAGGCGAUAAGUAUAUACAGUUUGGCACCCUUGCUAGGGCCUGCUGUCGGUCCGAUUGCUGGUGGUUUCAUUGCUGAAAACACGACAUGGAGAUGGGUGUUCUGGUCCACGUGCAUUGCCUGCUUCUUCAUCCAGCUUAGUGGUGUUUUCUUCCUACAAGAGACAUAUGUGCCUGAGCUCCUGAAGCGCAAGAAGAACCGUCUGAUCAAAGAGACUGGAAACACAAACCUUCACACCGAAUACGACGACCCAAAUCGCAAGUUGUCUGUUCAUCUUAAGACAGCCUUCACCCGACCUUUUGUCAUGAUUGGUACGCAACCAAUUGUCCAAUUCUUGGCCAUCUAUAUUGCUUAUGUAUACGGUCUCAUGUAUCUGGUGCUGUCUACAUUUCCUGGACUAUGGACUGGCAUCUAUGGCGAAAGCACAGGCAUUGGUGGUCUGAACUACAUCUCUCUCGGUCUAGGUUUUUUCCUUGGUACACAGAUUGGCGCACCCUUCAACGACUACUUCUACCGCCGUCUGAAGAAACAAAACAACAACGUUGGCCGCUCUGAGUUCCGCGUGCCUCUCAUGUUCCCUGGAUCUGUUCUAAUUCCCAUUGGACUCUUCAUCUACGGCUGGACAGCAGAAUACAAGACUCACUGGAUAGGUCCUAACAUUGGUGCUGCAAUCUUCUCCGCCGGCAACAUCCUGGUCUUCCAGUCCUGUCAAACCUAUAUCAUCGAUAGUUACCAACGCUAUGCUGCAUCAGCCGUUGCGUCGACCACGGUUUUGCGAUCGCUUGCAGGCUUCGGCUUUCCGCUCUUUGCACCUUCUAUGUAUAACGCGCUUGGCUAUGGGUGGGGUAACUCGGUGCUUGGGUUCAUUGCUGUUGCCCUUGGGUUGCCAGCGCCUUUCAUACUUUGGAAGUUUGGUGAAAGAUUGAGGGCGAGAAGUAAGUUUGCUUCCGGAAGUUAAGUGGUAUACAGUACAUAGCUUCAACAGAAACUGCAUUAAUUCAAAUAUUCACAUUCCGUACC